AUGAUUCCCUGCGGGACGAGCAAGGCGGGCACGCUCGCCGGCACCAGCCAGGCUGCCGAGCUCCCCGUCGGUGACAGUGAGGGCAUCUGCGAGCGGCCCCGCUCCGCGGCCGAGGACAACGGCCACCUCUUCGGCCUCUCCAGGGACGACCUCCCCAAGAGCAUGUCCGACUCCUCCAUCUCCUCCUACCACUCUGCCCUGUGCUCCGAGGGCACAGAGACCUUCGGCGACUGCCUGGAGUUCCUGGAAGAGGAAGAGGAGGCCCCAGCAGCCCAGCCACCUUUGGAGGACCAGGGCUACCCCGUGGGCGCCGAGGGGCCGCCAGCUGCCGGCAGCCGCCCGCAGGAGGAGAGGACCCAACAGGUUCAGCUGUCAGUCACGGCUAAGAAUAGUGCGGCGGUCGGGCACGGGGGCAGGAUGGGUCCUGGCCGAGGGGAACGGCCGCCUGCUGCCUCGGACUCCUCGGAUCAGCCGCCUCCAUUCAGCGCGGAGGCGCCGGCGCUGAUGUUCUGCGCCGCGCACAAAGCCAAGAAGGGCGGCCGGGCGGCUGGGGCCAGCAAGGCAGCGUGCGCCCCGCGCGGYGCCCUCAGCGACUCGGACGAGGCCGACAACGAGGUGCAGAAGCUCACGGCACGCUCCUUCCGGAGCCUCUCGGGCCCCCACGGCGGCUACCUCGACAUGUACAGCUCCCACACCUCCUCCAGCCUCUCCAACUCGCUSUCGGAGGACGGCGGCACCGCAAAACGCUGGCCCACGGGCGGCGAGCCGCGGGGCGCCGAGCUCGUGGGCAGCCUGCCGGGCAAGGAGCAGUUCGAGUGYGUUGAUGUGGAGUUGGAGAGCAAUGAUGCUAAGAAGGGUCACUGCAAGAAAAGGACCGUCCCCAAGCGGCAGAUCCAGCUCAAGAGGAAGGAGAGGAAGGAGGCAGGUUUCUUCCCCUGGGGUGACUGCUCAGCCCACCAGCCGCUGCCACCACCCCGCAAGGAGCCCCUGACGAAAGGCAGGGCCAUCAGCGACGAGUUCAGGAUCAACUACAAGCAGUUCAUGAGGACCGCGUCGCUGGAUGACACCUGCGACAAGACAAGGAUGGCCUCCUGCCUGGUGAAAAACGUGCUGGCCAAAAAAAUGCAGUACGAGCAAAGGAUUAAGAUGGAGCAGAAGGCCCUGCAGGGCAGCUCGACAUCAUCAGGGCCCUCAUCCGUGGGCACCGACCUGGCGGGUGACUGCCUGGAGGGCAAGUCGAGCUCACUGUCCAAGUCAGACUGCAGCUACUCAGCCGAGGACGUGCAGGGCCAUGUGGGCAGCCAAAGGCCUGUGCCCGUWGCCACCCGGCCCACCAAGGGGGUGGUGCUCAACGAGGAGACCAGGGAGAAUGUCUGCAAGCUGAAGACCACUUUCAACGAGCUCAACGAGCGGAUCAAGUACCAGGAGGUGAUGCAGUGCCAGGCGCUGCUCGCCGAGCAGGCGCGGAGCAGGAGGAGGGAGGACUACCGGCGCGCGCGCGCCAUGUUCGAACCGCCGCAGGAUGACGGGAAGGCGCCCGAUGCCCCGCCGAAAUUUGAGAAGCCCCAAAAGCCAUGGCCGAGCCUGCGGCAGCGAGCCAUCCGGCCGAGCAAGCCCGAGGCGAUCCCCUUCAAGCCCAAGGCCUUGAGCAUCCCUGUGGCAGCCGCCCGGAGCCUCUUCACCUCCAGGACGCAGGAGGUGAAGCUGGUCCCACAGAGCCAGCAAGAGGAGAAGGCCCCUCCGGUUCCUCGMCGGCCCCCUGUCACCCGUCCCCUGGAGCGGACUCCCCAGCCUGGAAAUAAGGGCAAGGGGCAGAUCCCUCAGCCCCGGGACGUCCGCAAGCUGGUGAAGAACACCUACAGCCUCUGCUUCAAGCCGGCGGGCGCCGCGGCGUCGCCCGCCCCAGGCACGGGCACCGGUGGYGGCGGUGUGGGCUCCCCCACGGGCUCCCCCGCCGCAGCCUCCCCACUCUUCAUACACUGCACCUCGGUGUGCCGCAAAGAGCCGGUGCCGAUGAUGAGCCGCGCUCGCCAGAAAAGCCCUCAGCAGGCGGARGACGGGGCAGUGCUGGCGGUUCCCGGCUGCGAGGCACGCGAGGCACGCACCACUGGCCCCACGAAGCCUCCUGAAAGGCAGCGCUCGGCAGCCAGGGACUCCCCAAUGAGCAUCACGAAGAUCCAGUCGACGCGGCGGGUGGCCAGCGGGCAGGAGGGCCCGGCGGGGCGCGGCGCAGAGCCCGCCGUGCGCCAYGAGCGCAGCGAGCUCACCCUGCCGCCCGUGGCCAGGGCGGCGCCGCACAUGGAGUCCCACCUGCACGUGCGGGUGAGCCCGCCGUCGACACAGGCGCCCAGCCCCGCGCAGGGGGGGCCCUGCCGCGAUGGCCCCUCGGCUCCKGCUGCUCCUGCCUCCGUGGCGAGCAGUGCUGUGCUGCUCACCGAGAAGACUGUCCUCUUCCCACCUCCGGCAAGUGCCACAGAGGAAGCCACGGGGCACCAUCACGCUGCAGCCUCAGCCAGAGCACCCAACCCACCAUCGCAGCAGCCCAGCAGCAGCGAGGGCUUUUUGCGGCCACCUGGGGCCAGAGGGGUCCCUGAACUGGCACCACCCGCAGGGGUCAACCCACGUCYGCAAGCCACGCAACCAGCAGCAGCAAGCGGCCCGAAGCCGCCCGUGAACGAGCACCUCCUGAGCAGCACGGGGCCCCGGGAGGCCRAGAGGGAGAGGCCCGAUGCGGUGAAGCCGCCAGGCGGCUGGGUGGCUGCCGCGGGGAGCAGCGUGUCUCCGGGCGGCGUGGGUGCUUCUGCCGCCUUCCAAGCCAGGGAGGCCAGUGAGGAGGCUGCGGUGCCCCAGGGUCCCUCUGCUGCCCCAGCGCCACUUGCUGGCAGGCUGCUGGACCACAGGGAGAACUGGGAGCAUUUAACGAAGCAGACGGGAGCCAACGAACAGUAUUUUACGGCUACCCCUGUGGAGAACACGAACUACUUAACAAUCCCUGUGAAAGCCCCCAAAUCCAGCCCAGCACCAAAGCUGCCUUCAGUCCCCAGCCCRGCCAGCGCAGUCUUUGGGACCCCCUUGGUCCCCAACCAAGCCAGCACGUCCUUCGGGCACCCAUCAGCCUCUAGCCCGGCCAGCACCUCCUUUGGGACCACCAUGGUCCCCAACACAGCCUGCACAUCCUUCGGGAUGCCCCUGGUCCCCAACCGAGCGAGCACAUCCUUCGGGCACCCAUCAGCCUCUAGCCUGGCCAGCACCUCCUUUGGGACCCCCUUGGUCCCCAGCACAGCCAGCACAUCCUUCAGGACACCCCUGGUCCCCAACCGAGCGAGCACAUCCUUUGGGCACCCAUCAGCCUCUAGUCUGGCCAGCACAUCCUUUGGGAGCCCCUUGGUUCCCAACACAGCCAGCACAUCCUUUGGGACGCCCCUGGUCCCCACCCGAGCCAGCACGUCCUUUGGGUACCCAUCAGCCUCUGGCCUGGCCAGCACCUCCUUUGGGAGCCCCUUGGCCCCCAACCCCUCCAGCAUAUCCUUUGGGUACCCACCAGCCUCCAAACCAACCAGCGCUUCUUUUGGAUCUCCUAUGGUCCCCAACCCCUCCAGCACAGUCUUUGGGGCUCCCUUGGUACCCAACCUACCCAGUACAUCCUUUGGGGCUCCCUUGGCYGCAAACCCAGGCCCUGCUUCCCUUUGGCACCCAUCAGUGUCCAACCCAGCAAGCUCUUCACCGGGAUCUCCCUCGGUUCCUAAGGCAGCCAGGUCUCCAUUGGUGGGUGGGGAAGCCCCACAGAGCCACCCCAGCCCUGAGCUGCCCCUGCCUCCUGCUUCGGAAGGCCAGGCCGCUGCAGAGCAGCUGGGCGCCCAGCCCCAGCUGYGCCUCGAGGACGCUGCCCACUUCCUAAGGAGGACUGACGGCACCUCGCCAAGCAGUAAGAGCACACCGAGCCCCACCAGGCCCUUCGCGCCCCACCAGCACCGCAAAAUGCUCCUGGAUCCUGACAGUGGCAAGUGCUACUACAUGGAGCCGCCGAGGCAGCCCCAGCUGAAAACGCUCUAUGAUCCUGAGACGGGGCAGUACCUCGAGGUGCUCAUCCCACCGGUGCCCUUGGCAUCCCACGCUGGCCUCUACCAGGCUCCUCUGGUCAUGACACCCGGCGUCUAUGGGCCCCCCUACGUGCCCUACGCCGGCUUCUCUGGGCUGGCAGCACCCGCCGCUGUCUCCCCAGCGCACGCGGACCCACAGGGCCAGGCACCAGCGGCCGAAAACGCCUCCUUCGGCGCAGCCUUCAGCCCGGCUCCCAAGGGUGAGGGGCCCCCAGGCGCGGCCGGCCCCGACUGCAGCUACCUGGACAGCCUGUACUACAUCCCCACGGGCAUGCGGGCCAGCCCCGGCCCCGGGCCCGGCCCUGGCCAGCCUGCCGCCAGCAGCAGCCCAGGCGCGCCCGAGAAGGCGCCGCUGCUCCGCAUGUGA